AUGCCCAUAGACGGCAACCGCCAGCAGAGUCGUGCUACAGCAGAGAUUCCAUCAGCCUUGCCAGUCCACCCUGGAGUACAGGAUUCAGCACAGACUUUUCAAAACAACAGCUCGAAUGGGCCACCUUCGAUUGCAAUUCUCGCAAUCUGGCAACGCACGAAUCUUACCAGAGGUCAAUGGAAGCGAAUGCUGGAGCUUUGGGCCUCGAUCCAGGAAGCAGCAUCGCCAUACGAGGCCUCGGGACUGGUGGCGAAGCCAGCCCCAGCGAUCGAAGGUUUCGAUGCUUUGAACAUGGAUGCAACGGGCGAGCAUUUCCAUGCCGAGAGAACUAUCUGCGCCACAUCCGAGAGCGUGGAUCACAGAAUACUGGAGCUUCGAGCCUCGAUCCAGGAAGCAGCAUCGUCAUACGAGGCCUUGGAACUGGUGUCGAAGCCAGUCCCAGCGAUCAGAGGUUUCGAUGCUUUGAACAUGGAUGCAACGGUCGAGCAUUUUCAUGCCGAGAGAACUAUCUGCGCCACAUCCGAGAACGUGGAUCACAGAACGCUCGAUGUCCUCGAUGCGAUGUGGCAUUCAGUAGAAGCAGCAAUAGGAAUGUGCAUAGGGCUAGUGGUCGGUGCAAAGCCUCAGCGCGGACCAGUAGCUAACAUGGCUUGCUGCUAG